AAGAAAACAAAGAGGGAAGAGGAAGAAGAAGAAGAAUCAAGUCAACAAAUUUCGCUGCAUAUUUGUAAAUUUUUUUCCUCUAAAGCCUCUUCUUUCUCUUCCUUUUUUUUUUAUAAUUAUUUUGGUUUCUCUUUGUAAUUGAGAAACAGAGUACUCUGCCUUGGUUUGAUACUGAGUGUUAGCGUCAAUGGCUUCUUUAAUUUCUUCACCCUUUACCUUGUCAUCACCAAAACCAGACCAACUUUCUUCUCUUUCCCAGAAGCAUUACUUUCUCCACUCUUUCCUCCCCAAGAGAACCAACCAACCCAACUCCAAAUCUUCCAUGAAAGUAAAAUGUGCAGUUGUGGGAAAUGGGCUCUUCACUCAGACAACACCAGAAGUUCGAAGAAUUGUCCCAGAGAAGAAAGACAACCUUCCCUCUGUCAAAAUUGUGUAUGUGGUCCUCGAAGCUCAGUAUCAGUCGUCCCUUUCGAGUGCGGUUCAGUCCUUGAACAAAAGUGCCAACUUUGCUACGUUUGAGGUGGUGGGGUACUUGGUGGAGGAGCUUCGAGAUGAAAAUACGUAUAAAACUUUCUGCAAGGAUCUUGAGGAUGCAAAUAUCUUUAUUGGGUCUUUAAUUUUUGUGGAGGAGCUUGCCUUGAAAGUAAAGGCUGCAGUGGAGAAAGAGAGGGAUAGGAUGGAUGCUGUGUUGGUUUUCCCUUCAAUGCCUGAAGUAAUGAGGCUUAACAAGUUGGGGUCUUUCAGUAUGUCGCAGCUGGGUCAAUCGAAAAGUCCAUUUUUUCAGCUGUUCAAGAGGAAGAAGCAGGGUGCAGGGUUUGCUGAUAGCAUGUUGAAGCUGGUGAGAACACUGCCUAAGGUUUUGAAGUACUUGCCUAGUGAUAAGGCACAGGAUGCUAGGCUUUACAUCUUGAGUUUGCAGUUCUGGCUCGGUGGUUCCCCUGAUAAUCUGCAGAAUUUCUUGAAGAUGAUUUCUGGCUCUUAUGUACCGGCAUUGAAAGGGAAAAAGAUUGAAUAUUCGGAUCCGGUCUUGUUCUUGGAUAGUGGGAUUUGGCACCCUUUGGCUCCUUGUAUGUAUGAUGAUGUAAAGGAGUAUUUGAACUGGUAUGGUACUAGGAGGGAUGCUAAUGAGAAACUCAAGGGGCCUAAUGCACCUGUAAUUGGGUUAGUUUUGCAAAGGAGUCACAUUGUUACGGGAGAUGAGGGCCAUUAUGUGGCUGUGAUUAUGGAGUUAGAAGCUAGAGGGGCGAAAGUGAUACCAAUUUUUGCCGGAGGGCUUGAUUUUUCUGGUCCAGUGGAGAAGUUCUUGAUUAAUCCGAUUACAAAGAAGCCAUUUGUGAACUCAGUGGUUUCCUUGACAGGUUUUGCUCUGGUUGGGGGUCCUGCUAGGCAGGACCAUCCAAGGGCUGUUGAGGCACUGAGGAAACUGGAUGUCCCUUACAUUGUUGCGUUGCCUUUGGUGUUUCAAACAACUGAGGAGUGGUUGAAUAGUACUCUUGGCUUGCACCCAAUUCAGGUUGCUUUGCAAGUUGCCCUUCCAGAAUUGGAUGGAGGCAUGGAGCCUAUUGUUUUUGCUGGUCGUGACCCAAGAACAGGGAAGUCACAUGCUCUUCACAAGAGGGUGGAGCAGCUCUGCACCAGGGCAAUCAGGUGGGCUGAACUAAAGAGGAAAUCAAAGGCAGAGAAGAAGUUAGCAAUCACAGUCUUCAGUUUCCCUCCAGACAAAGGGAAUGUUGGAACAGCUGCCUACCUUAACGUUUUUGCGUCUAUCUACUCAGUUCUGAAAGAUCUCCGGAGAGGUGGUUACAAUGUUGAAGGCCUUCCGGAGACUGCUGAAGCCUUAAUUGAAGAUGUUCUUCAUGACAAAGAGGCGCAAUUCAGCAGCCCAAAUCUGAAUAUUGCUUACAAAAUGGGUGUACGCGAAUACCAAAGACUCACACCUUAUGCUACUUUAUUGGAAGAAAACUGGGGAAAACCUCCUGGGAAUUUGAAUUCUGAUGGAGAGAAUCUUUUGGUUUAUGGAAAGCAGUAUGGUAAUAUCUUCAUUGGAGUCCAGCCUACUUUUGGUUAUGAAGGUGAUCCUAUGCGGCUACUGUUCUCCAAAUCAGCUAGCCCUCAUCAUGGAUUUGCAGCUUAUUACUCCUUUGUUGAGAAAAUUUUCAAAGCUGAUGCUGUGCUUCAUUUUGGCACUCAUGGAUCACUUGAAUUCAUGCCUGGAAAACAGGUGGGAAUGAGUGAUGUUUGUUACCCUGAUAGUCUCAUUGGGAAUAUUCCCAAUGUUUACUACUAUGCUGCCAACAACCCAUCUGAAGCAACAAUCGCAAAGCGCAGGAGCUAUGCUAAUACCAUUAGCUAUCUGACCCCUCCAGCUGAAAAUGCUGGGCUUUACAAGGGACUCAAGCAACUAAGUGAACUUAUCUCCUCAUACCAGUCCCUUAAAGACACAGGUCGUGGGCCACAAAUUGUGAAUUCAAUUAUCAGCACAGCUAAACAAUGCAAUCUUGACAAAGAUGUAAAACUUCCUGAAGAGGGUGAGGAAAUUUCAGCAAAAGAAAGGGAUCUUGUGGUUGGAAAAGUAUACUCCAAAAUCAUGGAAAUUGAGUCUCGGCUCUUGCCAUGUGGGCUCCAUGUCAUUGGUGAGCCUCCAUCAGCCAUGGAAGCAGUUGCAACAUUGGUCAACAUUGCUGCACUGGACCGUCCUGAAGAUGGAAUUUCAUCACUCCCUUCCAUAUUAGCUCAGACUGUUGGAAGAGACAUUGAGGAUGUUUACAGGGGGAGUGACAAAGGAAUACUAAGAGAUGUUGAGCUUCUCCGACAAAUUACUGAAGCUUCACGUGGAGCAAUUUCAGCCUUUGUUGAGAGGACUACUAAUAAGAAGGGUCAAGUCGUUGAUGUAGCUGAUAAGUUGAGUUCUAUCCUUGGUUUUGGUAUCAAUGAACCCUGGAUUCAGUAUCUGUCAAACACAAAGUUUUACCGGGCAGAUAGAGAAAAACUUCGAAUUUUGUUUGAGUUCCUAGGAGAGUGUUUGAAGCUGGUUGUUGCUGAUAAUGAGCUGGGAAGUUUGAAGCAAGCUUUGGAGGGGAAGUAUGUCGAGCCUGGGCCAGGUGGUGAUCCAAUUAGAAAUCCAAAAGUAUUGCCAACAGGAAAGAACAUUCAUGCCUUGGAUCCACAAGCUAUUCCAACAACGGCGGCUAUGCAAAGUGCAAAAAUUGUGGUGGAUAGGUUAGUUGAAAGACAGAAGGCUGACAAUGGGGGAAAGUAUCCAGAGACAAUUGCUCUUGUCCUGUGGGGAACAGAUAACAUUAAAACUUAUGGUGAGUCACUGGCUCAGGUCUUGUGGAUGAUAGGAGUAAGGCCUGUGGCAGACACAUUUGGUCGAGUCAACAGGGUUGAACCAGUUAGUCUUGAAGAGCUAGGCAGGCCCAGGAUUGAUGUUGUUGUUAAUUGCUCUGGGGUUUUCAGAGAUCUAUUCAUUAAUCAGAUGAAUCUUCUGGACCGGGCAGUAAAAUUGGUAGCUGAGCUGGAUGAACCAGUAGAGCAAAACUUUGUCAGGAAGCAUGCAUUAGAGCAAGCCAAGACCUUAGGCAUUGGGGUUCGAGAAGCUGCCACUCGGGUUUUCUCCAAUGCCUCAGGGUCCUACUCCUCCAAUAUUAACCUUGCUGUCGAAAACUCCUCCUGGAAUGAUGAGAAGCAGCUGCAAGACAUGUACUUGAGCAGGAAGUCUUUUGCAUUUGAUUGUGAUGCCCCUGGUGCAGGCAUGACAGAGAAAAGAAAAGUUUUUGAAAUGGCUCUGAGCACAGCAGAUGCAACAUUCCAAAACCUAGAUUCAUCAGAAAUCUCACUGACUGAUGUGAGUCAUUACUUUGACUCAGACCCCACAAAUCUAGUUCAGAACCUCAGGAAGGAUGGAAAAAAGCCCAGUGCAUACAUUGCAGACACUACCACAGCUAAUGCUCAGGUUCGUACACUUUCUGAAACCAUGAGACUAGAUGCACGAACCAAGCUUUUGAACCCAAAGUGGUAUGAAGGAAUGAUGUCAAGUGGUUAUGAGGGAGUCCGUGAAAUUGAGAAGCGCCUUACUAACACUGUAGGGUGGAGUGCAACUUCUGGACAAGUUGAUAACUGGGUUUAUGAGGAAGCAAACACAACUUUCAUCCAGGAUGAGAACAUGCUCAACAGACUCAUGAACACCAAUCCAAACUCAUUCAGGAAGUUGGUGCAGACAUUCUUAGAGGCAAAUGGACGUGGUUACUGGCAGACUUCAGAAGAGAAUAUUGAAAGACUGAGGCAGUUGUACUCGGAAGUUGAAGACAAGAUUGAAGGGAUUGAUAGGUGAAAUCUUAAACUGAUCCUGGACAGCAAAUAUUAUUAGCAAAAAAUUGAUGGUUUGCUUGAGCCUUUCCUCUUCCAUCUUCUUGGAUAAAAAGUUGUCAUUCUCAGGGUACUUGAAAGUGUGAAUGUGUUCAUAUGUACGAAAGAACACUCUGGUUUUCUCCAUUUUGGGAGUAACCCUUUUUUUUUCUGUUUAAAGCAGAGCAGUUCAUGAUACAAGUUACGUAAUAUUGCAUGAUUGCACAUACCAUAUAACUGGGAAGACAAUUGCAUUG